AUGGCGGAGCUCAGUUCGCUGUCGGGGGACGGGUACCUGGCGCUGAGUCAAGGCUACGCGGCCGCGGCGGCUGGCCUUGCCCUCGGGGCGGCCCGGGGCCCUGAGGUAGCGCGCGGCUACGGCGCGCCAGACUUGGGGGGCGACCUCCCCGCGGCGCCCCGCACCCCGGCCGGCGUGGCCGAGAGCAGCGGCGAGCAGAGCGCCGACGAGGACGACUCCUUCGAGCAACGGCGGCGGCGGCUCGGGCCGGGGGGCGCAGCGGACGCGCGGCGGCGGCCCCGGGAGCAGCGCUCGCUGCGGCUCAGCAUCAACGCGCGCGAGAGGCGGCGCAUGCACGACUUGAACGACGCGCUGGACGGGCUGCGCGCGGUCAUCCCCUACGCGCACAGCCCGUCGGUGCGCAAGCUCUCCAAGAUCGCCACGCUGCUGCUGGCCAAGAACUACAUCCUCAUGCAGGCGCAGGCCCUGGACGAGAUGCGGCGCCUCGUGGCCUACCUCCACCAGGGCCAGGGCCUGGGCGCGCCCGUGGCCGCCGCGCCGCUCACGCCCUUCGGCCAGGCCGCGGUGUACCCCUUCUCUGCGGGCGCCGCGCUGCCCUGCCCAGACAAGUGCGCCGCCUUCUCCGGGACGCCCUCGGCCCUGUGCAAACACUGUGAGGAGAAGUGCUAG